UCUCUCUCUCUCUCUCUCUCUCUCUAUCUGUCUAUCUCCCUCGCUCUCUUGCGACAUCUCCUCCUCACGUUUGGAAUCAGUGGAGGAAUAAAGCAGGAGAAUCCAGGGAAGAAGGCAGGCAGGAAGAAGCAGCUCUCUCCCAUUGAUCCUCCUCUCCAGAGCCCCAGCAGAACACUGAGGAGCCAAUGGUCAUGGUGAAGGAGAAAGUGGCUCAUCCUCAGGAAACCCAUCAUCCACCAGGAAAACUGGUCAUCCAGUGCUACAAGUGUGGGGAGCCAUGUAAGGGAGAGGUUCUCCGGGUGCAAUCUAGGCACUUCCAUCUAAAAUGUUUCACAUGCAAAGUGUGCGGUUGUGACCUGGCCCAAGGUGGGUUCUUCAUGAAGAACGGAGAGUAUCUGUGCACGCUGGACUACCAGAGGCUUCAUGGCACUCGAUGUAAUGGCUGUGGAGACUUUGUGGAGGGGGAGGUGGUCACUGCUCUGGGGAAGACCUACCACCCCUCAUGCUUUGUUUGCACCGUCUGCAAACGGCCGUUUCCUUCUGGUGAUCGAGUCACUUUUAAUGGAAAAGACUGCCUCUGCCAGCACUGCAUCCAGCCAGCUUCUCCAGCUCCCAAAGACAUCAGCACCUCUAGCAACUGUGCAGGUUGUGGCAGGGAUAUAAAGAACGGUCAGGCUCUUCUGGCCUUGGACAACCAGUGGCAUCUCGGCUGCUUCAAGUGCAAAGCCUGUGGCAAAGUGCUGAGUGGGGAGUACAUCAGCAAGGAUGGUGCUCCUUACUGUGAGAAAGACUACCAGAUACAUUUUGGUGUCCAGUGUGAGGCCUGUCAUCAGUUUAUCACCGGGAAAGUUUUGGAGGCAGGAGAUAAGCACUACCAUCCCAGCUGUGCACGAUGCAGCAGGUGCAAUCGAAUGUUCACAGAGGGAGAGGAGAUGUACUUGCAGGGUUCUACAGUGUGGCAUCCAGACUGUAAGAACAGCAGUAGAGUGGAAGAUAAGUACAGACCCCUCCCACACUCAGUAACCUCUCUGCACCAAUCAGAAAGGCAGCCCACGAGGUCAUCGUCUGAGAGUAUCUGUUCAAGACCUGGCUCAAGCGUCCCUGGGACUCCAGGUCACACCAUCUAUGCAAAAGUAGACAAUGAGAUUAUUGAUUACAAGGAUCUAGCAGCCAUUCCCAGAGUCAAGGCUAUUUAUGACAUAGAGCGUCCAGACAUGAUUUCCUAUGAGUCUCUCCAUUCCACCUUCUCCACCUUGGAAAGACAAGGAAGGCACAGCCCAGCAGAGUCUCCAAGGACGCUGUCUCCCACCCCUUCUGCUGAGGGUUGCUAUGACAUAAGGGAAAGCAUCAUACAGAGAUCGACCAGUCAAGGCUCUAUCAGCUCUCCUGUGUAUCACCGCCAUAACUACAUACCUCCUCUAUCCAAGUCACCCCAGCAUUUCCACAGACCAGGCACUGAGCCACCCAGUGGCCGGAGUUCUCCCCUUUCCUCUCGGCCGGCCACCCCGACCCUCUCUCUGACCCCUAAACAUUUCCACAUCCCAGACCAAGGCAUUAACAUGUAUAGAAAACCACCAAUCUACAAACAGCAUGCUGCCCUGGCAGCCCAAAGCAAGUCCGCUGAUGACAUCAUCAAAUCUUCCAAGUUCCCAGCUGCCCACGCCCCUCGGCCGGACGAAACCUCAAAGAUUGAGACAGACUACUGGCCGUGUCCUUCGUCCCUCGCUGCUUUAGGCUCAGAUGGAAGGAGCCACUCACGGGACGAGGAAGAGGAGGAGCAAGUGAAACGCAGACAUCUUCAGGAAGAACAUCUCAGCAAGAUCCAGUCAGGUCUUGGGAAGCUCAUUCUUAAGGAGGAGAUGGAAAAGGAGAUGAACAGAGAGAGAUACACACGCAGUGUGGCCGCCCAGCGCUUUGACUCCCAAUACGCUAACUACUCCCAAACAUCCAAAACCUCUUCUCUGCCAGGAUACGGACGGAAUGGCCUGCACCGGCCCCAGUCUACAGAACUCUCUCAGUAUAACAGUUAUGGGGAUGUAUGUGGAGGACAGAGAGAUUUCAAGCUCACCCAAGAUGUCCAAGAUUCCAUUACAAGAAUGGACAGGGGAAUGUCUAUGCCUAAUAUGUUGGAAUAUAAAGUGUACCCAUAUGAAAUGCUCACUGUCACCAACAGAGGGCGUACUAAGCUCCCGAAGGAUGUGGACAGGACAAGAUUGGAGCGCCACUUAGCUCCCGAGAUGUUCUUUGACAUUUUUGGGAUGGAGAUCCACAAAUUUGACAGACUUCCUCUUUGGAAACGCAAUGACAUGAAGAAGAAAGCGAAGCUUUUUUAGCUAUAGCCGAUUGUGCAUGUUUUAAUUUAUCAGUCACUCUUAUAUAAUGUGUUAGAGCUAUAGUCCUCUGAUUUACUUUUCCUUUUUAUUCUUUACAUGCACAAAAAAGCUUUCUUAUUUUGCUUCAAGAAGACCACUCCUUAUUUUCCCAAAUUUAGAUAUUAUCUUUGAAUGAGUGUUUGGAUAUAACUAACAUGGAGCACAAGUGACCCCUUAAAGGGAUAGUUCCUUCAAAAAUUAAGAUACUGUCAACAUUUACUCAUUACCUUCAUGUUGUCCCAAACCGAUAUGACUUUUUUUUUCUUCUUCUGCAGAAUGACAAUUCACUCUCAUUGUAUGGAGAAAAAGAUGCAAUGAAAGCGAAUGGUGACUUAGACUAACAUUCUGCUUUCCAGACAUGUCCUUUUGUAUUCCACUGAGGAAAGAAAGUCAUACGUGUUUGCAACAACAUGACUAAGAGCAAAGGAUGACAAUUUUAAUAUCUGGAUGAACGGUCCCUUUAAGAAACGAGGAGACUUGAUGGUGUGUCUGCACUCAUUAAACGUGCCUCCCGUAAAAUAGGACUGUAAUUUGUUGGAUGGGGACCCAGGGGCUGUCAGCAGGAAUCUCCCUCUAAAAAGGCUGUUACGGUUGAGGAGUUGUAGAAAUCCCUGGAACCCCCUUCUGCUAUAGACCUAAUGAGAACUUUGAUGUGUGUUAAGCAUGGGAAGUGAGAGCUACAGAAGAUGAGACGCCUCUGCUUUACCUGCAGAGUCAAGGUCAACUGGAUCAUCCGGGACCCAGCUCUGGAAAGCAUUAGAACCUGUUGAAACCGAGAUCUGCAUCCUCUCCUACCAGCACUCUGCCACCUUGUCACAAUCCUCAGAAACAUCCUAUAUGUAAAGUAGCUAGCAUGUUCUCACCAUAGCCAAAGCCCAAAACUGCACCUGAAAUAGAUAAGUUCUUUUUCUAAGGUUCUUUUUACCAUAGACCUCCUUUUUGACUUAUUAAAAAAGAUGAGAGUUUGUCUGAUAGUCAGAAGAGGCAGUGGUGAUUAUAAUGAUUAUUUAGAAAAUUAAACUUAAAGGGAUAAUGAAAAUUCUGUCUUUAUUUACUCACCUUCAUUUUGUUCCAAACCUGUUCUUCCAUGAAACAGAAAAGGAGAUGUUAAGCAGAAUGUUAGCCUCAGUCAUUAUUCACUUUUACUGAAUCUUUUGUCCAUACAGUGAAAGGGAAUGGUGGCUGAGGAUACAAUUCUGCCUGACAUCUCUUUUUGUGUUCCAUGGAAGAAUGUUACAGGGGUUUUGAACCAUGAGGGUGAGUAAAUGAUGACCAAAUUUUUCAUUUUGAGGAACUGAUCCUUUAAAAGGACAGUUCACCCAAAAAUCUAAAUCCUCUCAUCAUUUACUCACCCUCAUGUGGUCCAGAUUUGUAUGACUUUCUUUCUUCUGCUGUAGGUCCAUACAAUGCAGUGAAUGGUGACCAGACCUUUGAAGCUCCAAAAAUCACAUAAAGGCAUUAUAAAAGUAAUCCAUAUGACUCCAGUGGUUAAAUCUAUGUCUCUUCAGAAGUGAUAUGUUAGGUGUGGGUGAGAAACAGAUCAAUAUUUAAGUCCUUUUUUUAAAAACUAUAAAUCUCCACUUUCACUUUUAUAGAUUUAUAGUAAAAAAUUAUUGAAAUAUUUAUCUGUUUCUCACCCAAAGUGAUUGCAUUGCUUCAGAAAAUAUAUUAAACCACUGGAGUCGUAUGGAUUACUUUUAUGCUGCCUUCAUGUGAUUUUUGGAGUUUCAAAGUUCUGGCCACAAUUCACUUGCAUUGUACGGAACUACAGAGCUGAGAUAUUUUUCUAAAAAUCUCCGUUUGUGUUCAGCAGAAGAAAGAAAGUCACGCAUCUGGGAUGGCAUGAAAGUGAGUAAAUGGGAGAAUUAUUAUUAUUAUUAUUAUUAUUAUUAUUUUUAUUUUUUUUUUUUUUUGGUGAACUAUCCCUUUAAAAUUCAUUCAAAAAACUUUUGGAUUCACCACUAGAGGUCAGGCUCAAGUCAUUCGUGUGCGAAGAUACAGUGGAUAGGUCAUGAACAGCGUCUUUUGAACCAGACAAUCCCUUUUUUUAACCACUGUUUGGUCUUUUAUGCAAUAUUUAACAGCAUAUAAUUUUGAAUAAAGCUGAAUUUGCAAAGAAAAGCCUUUUGAAAUGACUCCCUCAGAUAUGUUUCAAUACUGCCACUGUGUUGCCGCGGGGAUCUUUUCAGCUGUAGUCAUGUAGCACUUGUACCAGGUGUGAUAAUAUCAGAGUCGUUUCUCUGUCUUUCAGACAUAUUGCUGCAGGAAAAGUGCUGUUCCCAUAGACACGAGUCUCUGAUGUAUUAUGGGCUGCCGGUGGCUAUUAUUCCCAGCAGUUUCCUGUGUUUCAAACAGGGUUAAUGACAGAGAACUAGGACAUGUUACAGCAUCAUGCUUUUAUAGUAUCACCAAAACAUACAAACUCUAACGAGUGUGAUUACUAGAACGAGAUCUGUAUGUCAAUUUAUGAAGAGUUGGUUUUGAUACCCCUGCUGUGUACCUCACACUUUUUGUCUUUUUUGAGGGAAAGAGUUUAUGAAAAUGGUGUAUAAGCUCUGCUGAGUAAUAAAACACUGCUUCAGAUCA